CUUGACCUCACAUAAAAUAUCACCAUUUCAAAUUAAGGGCCCCAAUCUUACUCUACCUCUUCUCACUUUCCUCUAACACUUCUUAGCUCAUCACCAAAUCUUAAUCGCUAUUCUUUCAUGUUCUAUGUAUCCAAUUCCAAUACAUUAUAAAAUCCAUAACCAUUUCACAUUAACACUUGUUUUUCACGUUAAUUCUUCUGUUAAAACCCAAAUAGCUUCGCGCGGAGCUUGUUUCUGGAUGAACAACUGCAUGGCUAGGCUGUUGCAAUUUAGCCCUUGUUCUUCCUCCGCAUUCCACCGCGAGACGUUUUGUUAUUCGAAAAAGUUCGCUGUUUUGCCGCGCAGAAUCCAUUCCUUGAAUUGGGUCUCGGGAAUUUGUGGUCAAAUCCAACCAAGGAAGCAUUUUGAGCUCAUGUCCUCCAAUGGCUACCCUCUCAAUGCCGUUUCCGUGUCUCUGCAAGAUGGCUCAGCUGCAAUGUUGCCAGAAGAAUUUCCUUUAUUUGAGUUAGCAAAAGCAGAGUCCAUGCUCAGCAUAACUGUUGUUGGAGCUUCCGGGGACCUUGCGAAGAAGAAAAUCUUUCCAGCUUUGUUUGCACUUUUUUAUGAAGAUUGUCUUCCAGAGAAUUUUGUCGUCUUUGGUUAUGCUCGGACUAAAAUGAAUGAUGAGGAACUACGGCACAUGAUCAGUACAACUUUAACUUGCAGAAUUGAUAAGAGGGAGAAUUGUGAUGCCAAGAUGGAACAGUUUCUGAAAAGAUGCUUUUAUCACUCCGGUCAAUACAGUUCCGAGGAUCAUUUUGCAGAAUUGGACAGAAAACUAAAAGAAAAGGAGGGUGAUAGAGUAUCUAACAGGUUGUUUUACUUGUCAAUACCUCCAAAUAUAUUUGUGGAUGUGGUGAAAUGUGCUAGUGGUAAAGCGUCUUCAACAAGUGGUUGGACGAGGGUCAUUGUUGAAAAACCAUUUGGACGUGAUUCUGAAUCAUCAAGAGAGUUGACAAGAUGUCUAAUGAAGUAUUUAACUGAAGAGCAAAUAUUCCGAAUCGACCAUUACUUGGGAAAGGAGCUUGUUGAGAAUCUCUCAGUUCUUCGUUUCUCAAAUCUUGUUUUUGAGCCUCUCUGGUCCAGAAAUUACAUUCGCAAUGUGCAGUUUAUAUUCUCUGAAGAUUUUGGUACUGAGGGACGAGGAGGAUACUUUGAUAAUUACGGGAUCAUCCGAGAUAUUAUGCAAAAUCAUUUGCUUCAAAUAUUAGCAUUGUUUGCAAUGGAAACACCUGUCAGCUUGGAUGCUGAAGAUGUCCGAAAUGAAAAGGUGAAAGUUUUAAGGUCAAUGAGGCCAUUGCAGCUUGAAGAUGUGGUUAUAGGCCAGUAUAAAGGCCACAGCAAGGGUCUUAAGUCCCAUCCAGGAUAUACCGAUGAUCCAACCGUGCCCAAGGACAGUAUUACUCCAACCUUUGCUGCUUUAGCACUCUUUAUUAACAAUGCCCGCUGGGAUGGGGUUCCUUUCCUUAUGAAAGCGGGGAAAGCUCUGCACACUAAGCGAGCAGAGAUCAGGGUUCAGUUCAGACACGUUCCUGGCAAUUUGUACAAAAAUAACUUUGGAACUGAUUUGGAUAAAGCAACAAAUGAGCUAGUGCUUCGCUUACAACCAGAUGAAGCCAUAUACUUGAAAAUCAACAACAAGAUUCCGGGUCUCGGGAUGAGACUUGACCGCAGUGACCUUAAUCUGCUUUACAAAGCGAAGUAUCCAACCGAAAUACCAGAUGCCUAUGAGCGGCUCCUCUUGGACGCAAUAGAAGGAGAACGAAGGCUGUUCAUUAGAAGCGAUGAGCUCGAUGCUGCAUGGGCGUUGUUUACACCUCUUUUGAAAGAGCUGGAAGAGAAGAAGAUUGCACCAGAGCUGUAUCCAUAUGGAAGUCGGGGCCCUGUUGGAGCACAUUACCUCGCUGCAAAGCAUAAUGUCCGGUGGGGAGAUCUUUCUGGUGAAGAUUGAUUAAAUUAUACGAGCUGCUGUUCUUUAGUCUCUCCCUCUCGAGUUUGGAUGCCCCUCGAAGUACGUACACCUAUGCCUUCUCUCACUUACUUUCUGGAGUUUCGGCUGUCACUCAAAGCAUAGUCAUUUGUUACAACCUUCUGGGUUGUAACAGAUUCUUUUGUUUCCAACAUGAUUUCUGUUGUGGCCUCUUUUGAUGCCCAGGAAGAAUGAUGUUCAGGCAGUUCUUCCCCCAGAAAAUUGAUUAUAGGCUGUACAGUGGGUGGGAAAGAAUCAAUAAAUUGUUGUUGGUACAAGCAAAACCAAUAAAUUUGUUAUAUGAAAUCUGUAUGAUUGGAAGAUUUGGUAUUUA